CAUGUGAUCAUGGCGUGUGCUUACGUCGUUACGUCAUUACGUCCUCUAUUUUAUUUUAGGGUAAAUAUCUGAGCAGAAGAAUGGGAAGAAGAUUGAUAUGUACUCAUGAUAUGAGUUUAUAACAAUAACGAUCAUUUACCAAAUGUGUUCGCAAAGCUGCCACAGACAGACAGAUCAUCAGUCUUGAAACAUAGACGUUGUGAAGAUGAGCAGGAAGACACCUAAUCGUCCAGGGAUCACUUUUGAAGUCGGUGCUAGAAUUGAAGCUCAAGACUAUCUACAAAAAUGGUACUCGUCACGCAUUGAGGACAUCGAUUUCGAUGAGGGGAAGAUGCUUGUCCACUUUGAUCGUUGGAGCCAUCGAUAUGAUGAGUGGAUCGCCUGGGACAGCACUCGGCUGCGGCCUCUUGAAAGGCCAACACUCCGUAAAGAGGGACUGAAGGAAGAUGAGGGGGAGGUGACUGAGAGACUCAGCGAGAUGUCAGCAUCUCGCCUUGAUGAGCUUCCUGGAUGUACAGAGAGCACAGAGGACCAAACAGAGUUACCGCAGCGGAGACAACCUGUUGAUGUCACCAGGCAGGCCGAAACUCCAUCCCAACAAAAAAGGCUGACAUUUCAGGAAUUGAGAGAUGGUGAAGAGGUGCUUGCUCGAUGGACAGAUUGUCGCUACUAUCCUGCAAAGAUUGAAUCUGUAAACAAAGAGGGUAUCUACACGGUGCAGUUUUAUGAUGGAGUUAUUCGCUGUGUGAAAAAAAUUCAUAUCAAAUCUAUGCCCCAUGAUGCAAAAGGACAGAAGGACUGGAUAGCCCUGGUGAAAGCUGCCUCUGCUGCAGCCAAGAGCAAAGGAAGCAGUACGCCUCGUACCAGUGCCAACAGCAACAAGGACAGGGACGACCCUCACGGAGGGAAGUCUGACGAUGAGGAUGGUCAAGAAGAGCUGGAUGAAGAGUUGCAGGAUCAGUCCGACUCUGACAAACUGGAAUCCCAUGAAGAUGAUGCUGACUGUAAGAAGGAGCGGACAGAAGUCCCAGUGACGUCCCAACAACAGAAGGUACCAAGAACAGCAGACCAGGAUUCCUUACAGGGGCAGAGCCAGAGACAGACGGGGUCCUCUGUGACGGGCUCUCCAUCCAAGUGUCGGAACAGGCGUCUGAAGCACCACUCUGGGGAGUCCAACAGCAGCCAGAAGCAGAGAGCGUCCAGGCUGCCGUGCUCCAUCACUACUCUGUCUGCUGGGGAGGACACCAUGUCAGCCCCAGAGUCCAUGCUGAGUCCCUCCCCCAGACACAGCUGCCCAGACACUGCUACCUCAGGGCAUGGUGAGACGGUUCCUCCAGACUCCCCCAGGAGCUCAGAACAGAGCCAGAGGAGGAGACGCUCCCAGCGCCUGGCCACCGUCAGCCCUGAUAUGAACUCUGACCCCAGCGUGACCUCUCAACCCGCCACCACCCAGUGCCCUGACCUCUCACCCCAUGGGAGGGAGCACAACACAUCUCACAAAGACCCCUCCUCUCCAGAGGAUCAAAUGACAAACUCUGUGGAGAAGGCAGAGUCAUCGACCCUCCACAACUACUGUGUCGGCAUACCACCUACACCUUCAUCUGCUGCCUCCAUCCUCACACCAUCUCAUCCACCAAUCACACACAGAGACCAGCUGACUGACGGACCAUCAGCCAAUCAUACGGCAGUGGCAGACAAAUUCCCACCCUUAGCUGCAGCUGCUGGGAGGAGAAGUAUUACCAGGACCUCCAAACUAAACCAACACACCAGGGAGCCAAUCAUGAACACCAAGUGGUGUGAUGACCCAACGUCUCCCAACGACCUGGACCUCUACAAGUGUAAGAUCCCUGGGUGCUCCAAGGCCUUCCGCAAAGCCAAGCUGCUGGACUACCACCUCAAGUAUUACCACAACGCUGACAAAGACCUCCAGGACUCUGAGCUGCCAGGCUCCCCAGAAAGGGCUGGUCGUACCCGGGCCACCUCAGCCUCCAUGCCCACCACCACCACCCUGCUGGAGGUCCCUGACAACACAAAGAGACGCAGGACUGUCUCCACCUCAUCGUCACUGUACCCUGGAGCCAGGUUAGUGGCAGGGCAGUGGGCCUUCCUGAGGGGAACUGGAAGACCUGGAGCCAGGUUAGUGACAGUGGCAGGGCAGUGGGCCUUCCUGAGGGCCUGUGAGGUCUGGAGCCAGCCAGGGUUAAUAAAGAAUGAGAAGAAGGUGAAACUGGAGGAGAAAUCCCAGGUGAUCGGAAAAAAGAAGGAUAAAGAGCGGAGGGACAGGAAAGAGAAGGAACACUUCAAAAUGAAACAGAAGAAGAAGAAGAAGAAGAAGAGGAAAUCUAAGCAGCACUGUUAUUCUGACUACGAUGACAUGUCCCUGUCCUUCCUGGAGCGAUCUACGGCGUCUGCUCUUCACCGCUCCUCCUCUUCCUCCUGCUCCACCACCAAACAUUACCAGUACCCCCGCGCCAUCCUCUCUGUGGACCUGACCGGAGAGAAUCUGUCAGACAUAGAGUUCCUGGAGGACUCGACCACAGAGAGCCUGCUGUUUAGUGGAGAUGAGUACAACCAGGACUUUGACUCUCUAAACAUGGAGGACUUCCAGGAGGAGGAUGAGGAUGGUACCCAGGAGAUCGUCCGCUGUAUCUGUGAGAUGGAUGAGGAGAAUGGAUUCAUGAUUCAGUGUGAGGAGUGUAUGUGCUGGCAGCACAGUGUGUGUAUGGGGCUUCUGGAGGAUAGCAUCCCGGACCAGUACAUAUGUUACAUCUGCAGAGACCCUCCAGGUCAAAGGUGGAGUGCCAAAUAUCUCCAUGACAAAGACUGGUUGAACAAGGGUCAGAUGUACGGCUUGUCCUUCCUCUCUGAGAACUACUCUGAGCAGAACUGUAAGACCAGCGUGUCCACCCAUCAGCUGUUAGCAGACGUGUUCAGUGUCAACAACGUCCUUCACGGACUACAGCUGAAGAUGGACAUACUACAGAACAAACACAAUCCCAAUUUGCACUUCUGGGCUCGGUCAUGGGUGAACUCUGACGAGGACCAGCCCAUGGGCGGUCUCCCUGACUGCAUCCACUUGACAGACAACUCUCUGAACAACCAGAACUCCUCCAAGACAGACACUUACAUCACCAGCGAACACAGCUACCAGAAACCCCCCAGCCCCGGACAGCUGGAACACUGGCCCUCUACAGACCCCCACGGCUCCAACAGCCAGGAGGGAGGAGGGGUGGGGGCGGACCUGGUGAUGACUAAUACUAACCCCGCCUCCCACUCCACCCACUUCACAGCCAAGGAACAGGAAGUAAGAAAGAAGACAACUGCCCUGGCUGUGCCUGGCUCCCUGGCUAUGCCUGGCUGUCUGAAUGAGAGGGGACCAGACUCAGUGCUGGCUGUGCCUGGCUGUCUGAAUGAGAGGGGACCAGACUCCGUGGAACAUGCCAGGAACUGUCUCCAGUGGCAGAUGAACCUCCUCACUCACAUAGAAGAUGUUCAGAACCAGGUGGCAGGCAGGAUGGACCUCAUAGAGAAGGAGCUUGAUGUGUUGGAGAGCUGGCUGGACUUCACUGGGGAGUUGGAGCCUCCGGACCCCCUGGCCAGACUGCCUCAGCUCAAACACCGCAUCAAGCAGCUCCUCACAGACCUGAGCAAGGUGCAACAGAUGAGCACCCUGUGUUCUGUGUGAGUUUGGGUUGGCCUGACCUAGGUAGAAUCUGGCCUGGGUUAGCAUGGCAACAGCACCAGGCAUCUGGUGUCAUCACAGCACUUCACAGAGGAGAGUCUUAUCCAAACCCAGGGUGAACCCCAUCCUCUCUCUUUGGCACCGAAGCACACCGUCUGCUGUGGUCCAUAAACUGUCAAACUGAGCAUACCUUCUCCUCCUAGACAGACUGUGGGAGUGAAGCUUCAGUUGGCUCAAUACAAGGGGGAUGAAUGGAUGUAUAGAGACCAACAGGAAAGAGUUGAGUCCAGUGGACUCUUGGUAUUGGAAAGAAGGGUGUUUUGAGUUUGAGUAACUGACAAGUAUUGAGUUGAUGAAAUGGGACUUGUGGAUGAAAAGUACCAGUUUAACACAGUGUUAGUUUGUAGGGCCCAGGACGUUUGUUGUUUUAACUAAGACUCCCUGUUAUGAAGUGUCCACAACGUUUUCAUAACCAGGAAAUGAGGGUUUGUCCACGUACGUUAAAUCUGUUCACACGCAUUCUAUGAUAUAGCUGAAAUUCAAUUUAAUUCAAUUAGAUUAUUAAAAUGCUAUGAGAUCACCUCGUCAUGGGUCCGUCCCAAAUAGAACCCUAUUCCGUUUAUAGUGCACUACUUUAGACCGUAGUACACUACAGUAUGUAGGGAAUAUAGGGGGGCCAUUUGGGAAACGACCCAUCACUCUCUUGCCUCAGUAGGAGCGGAGCUGUGGAAGCCUUGCUUGUGUGAUAUAUGAGUUCAUGCAGAAACUAAAUCACCGAGGUGAAUGUUAGAUGAUAUUGUAGCGAGCUUGAACCUGCCAGAAAUCUGUUCUGUUUUGGAAACGUGGUCUGAAACUUGUUUGCCAUGUUUUACUAUUCCAGUUCCCCCUCAAGUUCACACGAGGGUGAGAUGAUUUGUUUAAAACCCAGUGCUAACAUCAGUCAUUUAGCGACUGCAUUCUGAUUUCAUUUCAGGAAUCUAUUGCCACCUUUUACAAUCGUUAACUUUCAUUCUCUUUAUGUGCCAAGUCUGAAGGUAUGACCCACCAAGUUUACAAUGUUAACAUGGGGAAAGAUAUAUAUAUAUAUUUGACUGGUGUAUAUAAUAUACCCAAUCCACAGACAGACAUACAACUGUGUGUCUUCGGGAUAUCUCCAUGACAACCACAGAAAUGGCCUUGAUAUCACGGGACAUCUGUGGCACGUUUGUCUCUGUGUGUAUGUCCCGAAAUGGAACCCUAUUCCCUAUGUAGUGCACUACUUUUGACCCUGAGCCCUAUGGAGCCUGUUCAAAAAGUAGCGCACUGUGUGGGGAAUAGGGUGCCAUUUGGGGACGUAGCCUCUGUCUGUGGGGUUUUUGAUGCUUUCAGUACGGCCCCAGUAUGGCUGCUACGUCACAUAACACCACAAUGUCUUCGGGCUAAGGGGACACGUUUGACCUGUACCACAGUAAGAUAAAUUGCCAGCUGGAUGUAAAAUGCGUAUUUAAAAAAAAGCAAUGUGUUGAUUGCUGUUUUUUGGGUCAUUUUAUGUACAGUUUUUCUGACUGUAAAGAUGAGGAAACAUCUAUAGAAAAGCAUAGGAGGAUAAAAUAUACUUGAAGAAAAAUGACUGUGUUUAUUUAGCGUUUCUAUUAACCUGUAUAUAAAGUGUUUUAGAACCAGUCGGUAGGGGAGAAAACAAAGUAGAUUUUUAUUGACAUUUACCAGCUGUACAUUAAGAGUUUAUUUAAGACCUGUUCUUUGUGAUUUACUACAUGUACAAUGCCAUUAAAAACAAAAAGAUAUUCUGGAUAUUUAA